AUGGCUUCAGGUGGAGGAGACUCUAGUGAAAAUAAUCAGGAUAUUCCGCCUAACGAGGACGAAAGAACUGUAUUCCAAGAUACUGAAGGGAUUUUCAGACAUUUUAUGUUCCAACGCUAUCAGGAUGAGACACAAAGAGGAGAAGAACAUGGUGAAAUGGACAGUCCUUCGGCCAGCGCACGUCCAGACGCGCUGGAAGAAUUGCGUUCUUGCAAUGACAUCCAUCCAUUUUCACAGCAUGUACCAGUUAUCGGUAGACGCCUCGGAGAGAUAGGCGAUGAAAUAGAUGCUAAAUACAAAGAUCAAUUCAAGGAUAUGAUAGACUCAUUAAGCCUAACGCCAGCAACGGCCUACGAGACAUUUGCCGCAGUCGCUCGGAGGUUGUUUCGUACAGGUAUAAACUGGGGAAGAGUAGUUGCUCUUCUUUGCUUUGGCUACGAAAUUGCCGUGACUGUCAUACGCAGAGGUUUUAGUGGUAGUUUUCUACGUAGAAUCAUACGAUUUGUGGUGGAUUUUAUCUUCAAAGAGCGGAUCGCUCGCUGGAUCGCUCAGCAUGGAGGAUGGGUAAGAUUGAUUGUUAGAUUCACUGUAAAAUGUCGGUUACUCGAUAUUGAGGGAUGUAUGGAGCUAACUUAUGACUUUUGGUAAAAAGUCUAGAAUAAUCUCACCCUUCUCUCUGCUCGAUAUCCCCUUCAUUGUUUAUUUCUCAAUGGAUUGAGUUCGUUUAGAAAUAUCCGUAAUUCCUUGUUAUUUCUUAAUCUGCUUGUUUAAAUAAGACUCUUGUCGAUCGAUUGUUAGGGUGUAAAUGCACGCUAACAUGCGUGUAGUCGUUUGAUAAUAAUGUGUUGUGUACUUCAUUGAUCAGUGUGUAAACUUGUUUCAUUGUGUGUGCAGAUGAAUCAGAUUUUUCGAUUAUUUUUUUCGAUUUUCUUUUUGAUGCGUCUUUUAGUGACCGGCAUUGACUUUAAGCGAAAUUUUGACAGCUCAGAAAGUGCUCAUUAAUGCGCCGAUUUGAAACUUAGUACAUCCAUUUCAAGGAAAUUAUAUCAGGUAUCAGGUUAAAAGAAAGUUACUAAUGUUUGUGUAGGGUGACUUUUGAUGGAAAGGGGUUAAAAUGAAAGCUUCUUGAAAAUAUUGUUUCUAUAGAAAUAUUGCAUCAGCAAUGUGUGUUGCAUCAAUGGAAUGACUUGGAAAUAAUAACUAGGGAAAAAUGCGGAAAGUUUUUGAGGAAGGUGUUAAUUUCUGACUAGAAAUGGGAGACAAAAAAAUCUGAGUCCUGUAGAAGUCACCUACUAUAAAUAAUGUUUGCUUACAAACAAGUUUUCUGUAGUGCAGCAACAGAGCAUCAGACUGGGAAAUAAGAAGGUCUCAGUAAAGAGAGAUGUUUUGUCUUGUUGUGAGUGUUGACAAAGAAAAAAAUUCUCCAUGAGAAAAUUGAACCUCAAAUCUUUGGAUUCUUUGCACCAGUGCUCUAUUACUGAGCUGUGGAUACGUUAAGGUCAGCAAGGCCAUUACCAGGGUUUCUAAUUAUGAAGGUUUCAGGAUUGGAUCCUCCUGGAAUUCAAAUUGUUCAUGGUCCUAUGGUCAUGACAUGGGAAUAACAUUUUCCUAUUACAGCAACCAUAUGUAAAUUGCACUAGAUUUUGUUAUUGAUUGUACAGAGAAAGUGUUUGUUUUAGGUCAGAAUGAACUUUGUGUAAUCUUGAAUUUUCCUUUUUGCAGAGAGCUGUGAUGGAUUUUCGCCUGUCAGAACCCAGCUGGUACACAGUUGGUAUUGUGCUUUUGUUAGGAACCAUGGCUGUUUUCUUGGCCACUCGGAAAACAUGAUGUAAUUUCUAAAUAACAAUGAUAUUAUUUUUAUUUCUAAAAUUAUGCCAAAUAAUUUGUGUCUCUUAAUUUUCACUUAAAAUGAUUUAACAUCUGGAAUAGUCUGGUUAUAAGGGAGUCAAGAUUUUCAAACAGUUUUCUAUUUAUGUGAUUUUCAUACAAAGAAAGGUGGACUUAGAAGUUUCACAAACCUUUGUGGAUGAUUCAGCUGUGAAGAUGGAAGCAAUAAGAAGCAUCCUUCACAACUGUACAUGUCCUUAGCCACAUUUACUUGUAUUUUAGCAUCCUUAGGGACAUCAAAGUGCAAUUUCAAAAGGAGAGGAUGAAAAUGUAAUUGCCUGCUAAACUUCCUGCUACUAAGAAUAUUGUUUCUUUAUUGAAUGACUUUUUUUCAGUCAGUCUGAAAUCUCAGAAAGUUGUCAACAGAGCAGUGACAAAGCAAUCCAAUCUUGUCAUUGUAGCUGAGACAUGUGUUUCAGUUCCUUUUUACUCAUUGCUUUACUUGCUCCAGAACCUGGAGAUCAAUACUGAUGACAUGGGUGGUGAUUGGUUUUGGGGGCUUAAUAGACUGUUGAAAUGUCAUCCGUUAGCUCAUAAGAUGUGGGAUGAUGAGAAAUCUUUGACUGAAGUUUUUGUAAGUUGCUUCAAGUUGUAAUGUUAUUUGGUUCAUGAAAUACGACGUUUUGGAAAGAUGUUCUGUGAAACUGUUAUCAAUGUUCUUCAAUGUCCUUUGUAUCGAUAAUAAUACUAACUGUGGAGAUAAUAAUUGUGAGAAAAAACUUUGAUCACAGGGGUAGAAAAUUUUGAUAUUUGUGGAUUCUAUUGUAUCCCACACCCUCCUUGUGUAAUAACAAACAAUUUUUUGAGACAUGUUUAUAUUGAAGUGAUAUCCAAAAUUAAAGGGGGUGUGGGAGGGGGCUGAGACCUAUCUUUUAGCUUUGAUUCGAUGCAUAGUUUGGUAGUUACUGGUAAUCCAAGGUAGCUUGAUUUUUGUCAAGGUAACUGAGUUCAAUAGGCCUCUCAAAAACAGGAUUUUAUUUGAUAACAGCUUCUUGGGAUCAUCAGCACAAUCUUGAAUGGCUGAAUUGCAAAGGAAUACACUCAGAAAACUCAGAUCCUUAUAGGAAUUAAUUCUAACUUACCUUCUCCUUUGCUUUUUACCUCCCAUGCAUUGUAAAUAGGCCAAGCCAAAUGACAAUCUUUGCCCUUACUUUUGUGUAAAUAGUAUUUGCAUUCUCAAUUAGUAGCUCAAAGCUGAACCUUUAGAAGCAUCACUUGGUUUCUACAGGCUCUUGUUGUAGAAACCUGGGUUGCUUAGCUCAUUUCCAUAAAAGAAAAGUUAUACAUGUUGCUUUAAGACAAUAGUUGCCUUUGACAGCUGAGUCCUGCUAGACCACAAACUUGUGACUGUUUGCAUCCAUAAUUGAGAGCAGUAAAUUAAUCUUAGUUGGUUUCCAUUUCAAGAGUGGGCUACAUGAAGGCUAUAAUGUUCUUGGUAAUGUUCCCAAAAUGAUCUUGAAAGUUCAAACUAACAGUUGAAAUAAUCAAAGUGUUUCUUUGAUCACUUAAGGCUGAACUGAAAAUUAGUGUUUAUUGUCUGAUUUCUGAUUGAAUGUCCAAAACAAUCUUAACCAUGUGCUCACUUAACAGAAUUUUCACCAAAUUUUAGUACAAUAGAGAGCAAGGAAAAAAAAUCCUUAUUUUGGUAACAACAACAUCAUUCCAAAAUAAAGAACAAAAAGCUUAAUAACAUAAGAAAUUGUUUCUGGCCCAGUUUUUUGGGCUGAAACUACCCAAAAUUGUGUAAGUGACCUAGUCCUGUUCAGGCUUUCAGUAUUUUCCCUGAGUUUUUACUCUUCACCAUUUCUUGAAAGAAACCUGCCGGACAGUCGGACAGUGCUAAAUUCAAAUGAUAUCUAAGAUGUUGAUGAUUUCUGAAAUCACUGCCAGGGCUUUUGUUGAAAGAACAGACUGUUGACAACCUUAGUGCUUUUGCAUGAUCAUAUGAUUGAAUGAAAUAUGAAUUAUUUAUUGAAACUCUUGAUCAAAAUGUAAAUGUUACUGUCUUGAGUUAAUUAUAUUUGCACACUAGUGUGAGUAUCAGUUGAAAAUAAAUUUAAAUUUAGGGCCUCAUUCAUAUCUGUUUUGCACUUUUCUGAAAUUUCUGAACACACAAAUUGAGCAGAUUUUGUGGUAAUCUGGUGUGGAGACUUCCAUUGAAAACAAAGCAAAAAUCGAAAGCAAAAUCAGCAUCAGUUGUAAAGCUUAUUAUUCUUAAAUUAUGAUUUUCAACCCAAAACAAAUUGAAGUUUUAGAUUAUCAAUUUUAAUUUUCAGUGUGCAAUUCAGGGGUGCAAUUUGUUCUAUGAAUUGUUUUGUAUCUUGCAACUAUGUAAGGUUCAGAUUCACGUCUUUUUUUCAUGCAAUUUAUUUUUAUUUUUUCACUCCUUUCUUGCUUAUACUAAUAAAAAAAAAGUAAGAUUAGUUUGAGGAGCUCAAAGCUGGAAAAGUUAUUGCUGUAAUUACUAAAUAAAGC